CAGCCAAGACAAUUUUUCUUGCCGACCUCGUUCAAAAACCCCAUCUCUUUCCCCAAUCCUCCCUCCCUUCUAUUCUUCUCAUCCCACUCUCAUCAAGUCCGCCGAAGAGUCGUUGAUCCACUCUUUACCUUUCCUACCUUUGGUUUUCUGUUUUUGAAAAACUUCUCCCCUCACAAAACUUGUUAAAAUGCCAGAACAAUCUACUUUCCUCGUUGACUUCUUGAUGGGCGGCGUUUCUGCCGCCGUCUCGAAAACUGCUGCUGCACCCAUUGAGCGUAUCAAGCUCCUUAUCCAGAACCAGGAUGAAAUGAUUAAGGCCGGACGUCUCGACCGCAAAUAUGGCGGUAUCGGAGACUGCUUCAAGCGUACUAUCGCUGACGAGGGUACCGUUUCUCUAUGGCGUGGUAACACUGCCAACGUUAUCCGUUACUUCCCCACUCAGGCGUUGAACUUUGCUUUCCGUGAUAAGUUCAAGAAGAUGUUCGGUUACAAGAAGGAGCGUGAUGGUUAUGCCAAGUGGAUGGCUGGUAACUUGGCUUCUGGUGGUGCUGCUGGUGCUACUUCCCUCCUGUUCGUUUACUCUCUUGACUACGCCCGUACUCGUCUCGCCAAUGACGCCAAGUCUGCCAAGAAGGGUGGUGAGCGCCAGUUCAAUGGUUUGAUCGACGUCUACAAGAAGACUCUAGCCUCUGAUGGUAUCUCUGGUCUUUACCGUGGUUUCGGUCCUUCCGUCCUUGGUAUUGUCGUCUACCGUGGUCUGUACUUCGGUAUGUACGACUCCAUCAAGCCUGUCGUCCUUACUGGCAAGCUUGAGGGCAACUUUUUAGCCUCUUUCGCCCUGGGGUGGAUAGUCACCACUGGUGCUGGUAUCGCCUCUUACCCUCUUGACACAGUUCGUCGUCGUAUGAUGAUGACUUCUGGUGAGGCCGUCAAGUACAAGUCCUCUCUCGAUGCCUUCUCCCAGAUCGUCAAAGCUGAGGGUGUUCGCUCCCUCUUCAAGGGCGCUGGUGCCAACAUCCUCCGUGGCGUCGCCGGUGCUGGCGUGUUGUCCAUCUAUGAUCAGGUCCAACUCCUCAUGUUCGGAAAGGCCUACAAGGGUGGAUCUGGUUAAGCAAAAAAAAAAAUGUCUAAAAAUAGAAAUGGUAUGGGUGGAUGGUAACGCAAAACCUCUUUUCAGGGAUGGGAAGGGGGCUUGCGAUAUGACAACUUUACCUGCUGUAUACGAUGCCAGGCAGGAGAAAAGAAAUUCUACUCAGUAACAAAAGCUUUUAGUGUAAUUAGGAUAUCUUCGUUUUACAAUCUUUUGUUUUCCGUUGUCUCAUCCUUCCUUAUACAUGAAGCAAAUGGCGGGGACUAAAAUGUGGGUUUUCUUUGUUUUUGAGGUGUCGGUUUCAGUUUUUCCAUGGUUUAGGUUUUCAUGAUCAAUAGAGAAUGUCCUCCCAUAG